GGACCAAAAUGACGUCGUUUUGGACCCUGUUCUUUAACAAAUAAAAUCUCCUUCCAUCCAGCCCCCUUUUCUGCUCUUUUUCAACCCGAGACCACUGCCAUUUUUUGCCCUAGCCUCUUCCGUGCUGGAGAAGUGAAGAAGAAGAAGAAAAAGAAGAAGAAAAAUAGGGGGAAAAUAGGAGAAAAAUAAAGGGGAAAUAGUAACGUACCUUCCGGACCUCGAUAAUUUGUUUGCAAGAUGGAUAAUGAGAGUGAGACUCAAGUGGACUCUAGUGCAAGUGGAAGAAGAGAUCCGGGGUGGAAAUAUGGUCGUUUGGUUAAUGAAAAAGAUUUGAACACCAUCAUAUGCAUUUUUUGUGAUAAAGUAACCAAAGGAGGCAUCUAUAGACACAAACAACAUCUUGUUGGUGGAUAUAGAAAUGCUAAAAAGUGUAGAAAAUGUCCGGAACAUGUUAAAGAAGAAAUGGAAGAGUAUAUGACUUCCAAGAAAAAUCAAAAAGAGCAAAUGAAUAUGGGGAGCGAAUAUGUUAAUGAAGAUUUGUUUGGUUUGGAAGAUGAAGAUAUUGGUGAGGAGAUUAAUAGUAGAACGAAUAUCACCAACAUUUCUAGUGGAGGUAGUAACCGAGGAGGAAGUGGUGGUAGGACGUUUUCUUCAAAAAAACCAAGACAAAAAGGUCCUAUGGAUCAUUUUUUCACUCCUAAUGCAGAGAUGGUUGUUCAAAAUCAAAGGAGUGGAAAGAUGAAUCAAACUACCAUCAAUGAUGCCUACAAAAAGGAAGCAAGAGAAAGAGCUUGCACGCUUAUCACAAGAUGGAUGUAUGAGGCCGCUAUUCCAUUUAAUGCAGUCACAUAUCCGAGUUUCCAACCAAUGAUUGAGGAAAGAUCAUAUGGUGGAAUGGGGGAAAAAUGGAUGUUCACUUAUGUCGGAUGGAUGGACCGAUAGGAAAGAGAGAACUUUGGUGAACUUUUUGGUUAAUUGUUCAAAGGGAACCAUGUUCAUGCAAUCCAUUGAUGCUUCUUCAACGAUUAAGACGGGAGAAAAGAUGUUUGAGUUACUUGACAAAUGGGUAGAGCAAGUUGGUGAAGAGAAUGUUAUUCAAGUUAUAACAGAUAAUCACUCAAGUUAUGUGAUGGCAGGGAGGUUGUUAGAAUUAAAGCGUCCACAUUUGUAUUGGACACCAUGUGCUGCACAUUGCCUUGACUUGAUGUUGGAAGAUAUUGGAAAGCUACCAAACAUCAAGAGGACAUUGGAGAGGGCUAUAUCACUAAAUGGGUAUAUUUAUAAUCGCUCAGGGCUACUCAACAUGAUGAGGCGGUUUACUGGACAAAGGGAAUUGCUUAGGCCUGCUAAGACUCGGUUUGCAACUGCUUUCAUCACAUUAUCGCGAUUGCAUGAACAAAAAAACAAUUUGAGGAAGAUGUUUACAAGCUCAGAUUGGUCAGAUAGUAAAUGGGCAAAAGAGCAGAAGGGGAAAACUAUAGCCAACAUAGUUCUAAUGCCUUCAUUUUGGAACACUAUUGUGUUUUGCUUAAAGGUUUCGGGUCCCCUAGUUCGUGUGCUUCGUUUGGUUGAUGGUGAAAAAAAAGCUCCUAUGGGAUACAUCUAUGAGGCCAUGAAUAGAGCUAAGGAUGCAAUUGUGAGAAGUUUUAAUGGAAAUGAAGAGAAGUACAAAGAAAUCUUCAACAUCAUUGAUAAGAGGUGGGAGAUUCAGCUUCAUCGGCCUUUGCAUGCAGCAGGGUACUUUUUGAACCCGGAAUUCUUCUAUGAUAAGCCAGAAAUAGAGCAUGAUGCCGAGAUUAUGAGUGAUUUGUAUAAAUGCAUCUUAAGGCUAACAAGAGACCCUGCUAAGCAAGAAAAAGUUGUGGCCGAAGUGAGUUUGUUCACAAAUGCCCAAGGACUAUUCGGGAAUGAGUUAGCUGUUAGGACAAGAAAGACUAGAGCACCAGCUGAAUGGUGGGCUGCAUAUGGAGCUUCAGCUCCAGAUUUGCAAAAGUUUGCAAUGAAAGUCCUCAACUUAACAUGCAGUGCAUCAGGUUGUGAACGGAAUUGGAGCAUCUUUGAGAAUAUUCAUAGCAAGAGGAGAAAUAGGUUAGAUCAUCAACGCUUGAAUGAUUUGGUGUACAUCAAGUAUAAUCGAGCCUUGAAGAGAAGAUACAAUGAACGUAACACCAUUGACCCAAUUUCCUUGAAAGAUAUAGAUGAUAGCAAUGAAUGGUUGAUAGGGAGAAUGGAAGAUGAGGAUUCUCAUGGAGGUGCACAAGAUGAUUUUGUAUUUGAUGAUGACAAUUUGACAUGGGGUGAUGUUGCUAGAGCUGCUGGAGCUGAGGAGGCCAGGUUUGAUACUAGAGCUAGAGCUAGAGCAAGCUCAAGCAUAAUACCACCAACAAGGGGGAUAGCUUCAAGUUCUAGAACUUUGCCUUCUUAUUCACUAAUAGAUGAAGAUGAAGAUGGAGACAUGGUUGAUUCAGCAGAUGAAGAAGAUGGGGAAGGCUACAAAUGUGGUGAUGGAAAUGAUGAUGAUGAUGAUUUUGUUGAUUUAGAGGAGGAGUGAUGAUUGCUUGUUGUGGACAAAUUUGUGAUUUAAGUGUUUUUUAAUGAUGUUUUUGAAUUGUGGACAAAUUUCAUGUUUUGGACCUUUAGGUUUGGAAACUUUGGAUUUGGAUAUGUAUUAGGCAAUUAGCAAUAUGGAUUUGGAUUUGUUUUUA